AUCAAAUACAGUACAAAUUGAAGUUGAACACUAAAAAUUACUAAAAAAGAAUCUACAGACAAUAAAAUCUCGAAUACAAUAAAAACAUGAGGGAUGAUGGGGAAAAGUGGAGGGCAACCAAACGGAUACAAGAACAUUAAAAGGAAUAAAAGACACAAAAGCAAUUGGGAUUAAAACAACCAGUAAAAACAAAGCAUCGGGGACAGGCACACCAAAUCUCUCAAGAUUAUAUGAAGAGUUUGUCUGAGGCCAUUAACAUGAGUGUGGAUGAUUUCACAGAACAAACAAUGAAUGCUAUGACACAGCAGGAAAUGAAACAUUUUCAAUACGAUGUAAAAGAUUGUGGCUUGGAUAGGGUAUUUUAUUGGAAGAAAGUGAUGGCUUCGGGAGAUAUAAAAUUCCAACUUGGUUCGGUGACCCUCACGGCUGUUGAUGAUACUAAUGCAACUACACACGAGCUGUAUAAGUUUGCGAUUGACCAAAUAAAAACCCUGAAAGGAAACAUACGAAGGCUGGAUAAAGAAAAUAGUCGUUUAUCCAAAGAAAGAAAACAAGCAUUGCAACAACUGGAACAAUGUACUACAGCUAAGGAAGACCUUGAAAAUGACUUGUAUUCAAAAUUCCAAGUGAUUGUGAAUGAUAAGAAAGCUAAAAUAAGGCAGCUUCAAGAAGAACUUAAAAAUGUUGAUGGAGGAAGGAAAAGAGAGCAAGAUGAAAGUAAUCAAAGCACAAUGAGAAAUGAUAGUAGCGAUGAACCGGAGGAUGAUGACCAAGAAGAAAUGGACACAGAUGAUGAACUCACAAAUGUGAAAGUGCAGCAGAAAUCAAAGAAACAGAAAGUUGAAUUGACAGGGAAUGAUUCCCUCCUAUUGGACGAUGACGAGGAAGAACCCACAGCUGCUGCUGCAUCAUCAAAAAGAAGAAUACGUAAAACUGCACCAAAAAAACAAUCGGAAUCCUCUGUAAUAUUACCAACAAAAACUGCAAAGCAGACACCAACUAGGACUCCAUCUACUUCCAAGAAUGUACCACAUAUGAGGAGGACAGGAAGUUCAAGAUCAAACCAGUCUGAUCAAGAUCCAGAUGAUUUAUUUAACGAGUUGUAAAUCCUAAAAAUUUAAAUCCUGAACCAUUACUGAGCUGCUCCCACAACUCUUGAAACAGUCAGUGGUUAUUGGUACAUUCUUCAAGAACACUUUUGGGUAUUUUUUUCUGAUAUAUCUGCAUUUUAUAUGUACACGUGACAGUUUACAUGUAUACAUGUGCACUUACAUAAUAUGGUAAGGUUUAUGUUGUCAGGGAUUAGCAGUCUUGUGCCAUCAGUUCUGCCCAUUUGAACCAUCUCUUAAAAACAAAGUGCCAAAAUGUCAUUUAGUCAUUCGAUCUGCUUUCCAAAAUUGUGAUUGAAUUGGCAAACUGCACAUUGAUUCUGACAGAACUCAUAAACAUGUUUAAAAACAUGUUUACAAGUCAGAUCACUGAGUAAUGUCACCAAUUUAAAUUUUAACACCUACGUUAGCACAAGUGACAUGUAGGUACCUGAGUAAGUUGACCUGCCAAUUCGUACUGUCUCUACAUGAUUUCUAUGACACGAAGUUACAAAGGUGUAUAAAACAUGUAACAAAAUCUCAUGUAUCUGUCAUAAAUUUUUU